ACAGUCACACACGACGUCGACGGCUUCCUCGCUCCUUUCAGCACCCCAACACGAUCCAUCGCAGGAGGCUGCAGCUCGUAGACGCCAGCCGCCCUCGAACCUCCCGGACGAGUCAAGGAUCCAUAGCCCCAUUACGUCCUCCAAUCCCCGUCGGCUCCGUGUCCGUCAUAUCCCAGCCUGCCAGCCACAAGAAGCCACAUCUAUCAACCUGGCCGCCUUCCUCCCUGCCUCCUCAAGUCGUUGCUCUUCCUUUCACGGGUCCAGCUCCUGCACUUUUGACUCUUCUUCUUCUUCCUCGUCGUCGACGACGUCUUGCUCGACUUCACUCGCUUCAACUUCAAAUCAACCGACGCUGCUUACCAUGGCGACAAAAGGCCGCUCGACACCCCGCGUCGUCUGCUGCGCGAUACCUAUCGCAAGAUCCGCCGGAAAGGUCCUCGUCGUCACAAGUAGAAAACGACCAGAAAGAUGGGUUUUGCCGAAAGGAGGCUGGGAGUCAACAGAUGGUGUGCUCGAGGCAGCAGCAUCGCGAGAAGCCCUGGAAGAAGCCGGCGUCCGCGGAAACAUCACGCGCUACGUGACCACGAUCCCCUCCGCGUCCUCGACAUAUCACUUCUUCGAGCUAGACGUGUCCGGGCUGGAUGCGGAAUGGCUGGAGAGCAAGGAGAGGAGGCGGGAGUGGGUCGAUUUCGCAGAGGCGGUGAAGCGCGUGUCGUGGAAACAGGAGCUCGCGCAGGGGUUGAUGCUUUCGACGCUUGCGCCGCAUCGGUAACGUGUGGUUGAGUUCUCUUUCUUUCUUUGUUCCUGUGUCGUCUUUUUGUUGAGCUAGCGUUUCCGAGGUUUGGCGUUUGACGUUGAAGGGACGGACGGGCGUCGCCGUUCGUUCGUUCGUUCGUCUGAGCGUCCUGUCGCGCUACGUCGUUCCUUUUCUCCCCUGUUUCCGUUUCCGUGUUUCCGUGUUUGUUCGUCUGUUCGUCUCUCUGUCCAUGCUGUUUCUCCGCCAUAUCCAUCCAUACAUAUCCAUCUCUCUCAUAUCCUCUCCGUCUCCGUCUCCGUCGCACUGUGCAAUUUCCAUUUUCCAUUUUCCAUUUUACCUCCCAAUCCAUCCAUCUUCGUUCUCCGUUCUCCGUUCUAUCUACCAUCGUCCGUUCUUCCUCCGUAUUUUCGUAUUUUCGUAUUUUCGUAUUUUCAUAGAAUAAACAGUCAGUCCAAAUCGUCCGUUUUUCGUUUGUUCGUUUGUGCGUUCGUUCAAUGCUCGAUCUAUUCACCGCCCUUCUCCUCCGUUUUUGUGUUUCUCGCACACGCACCCGCAUCCUCGUUCCCGUUCCCCUCCGUCGUUUCACGCGUUCCGGCUUUACUUACCUACCUUACCUACCUACCUACCUUACAAUUCCCCUAUUCCCUUUUUUGUUCGUUUCGUUUCGUUUCGUUUCGUUGCGUUCGACCUUAUUAGUACUACAUACAGC